AUGGCAGCUCCAGUCCUCCCUGAUUCGGACUCGCAAACGUUUCGCGUUCUCGUCCUGCCAGGCGACCACGUCGGUCCAGAGGUUAUGACCGAAGCCAUUCGAGUCUUGGACGUUGUUCAAGCGAACUCGGAAGGCAAGGUCAAGUUCGAGUAUAACUGGCAGAUUGCAGGCGGUUGCAGUAUCGACAAACACGGUACGCCCAUCACAGACGAGGUCCUGCGUAUUGCUAAGGAAGAGUCCGAUGCUGUGUUGUUCGGCAGUGUUGGCGGGCCUGAAUGGGGCACAGCCCAACCCAAUCCUGAGUCCGGCCUUCUUCGACUACGCCGCCACCUCGAUGCAUUCGCCAACGUCCGUCCCUGCACAUUCUAUUCGAAAUCCCUGAUUCCGUUGUCGCCCUUGAAACCUGAAAUCGCCGAAGGCACCAACUUCAUUGUUCUCCGCGAGAACUGUGGCGGCGCCUACUUCGGUGAGAAGGUCGAGGAAGCCGACCACGCAAGCGACUCGUGGGCGUACAAACGGGACGAGAUCGAGCGAUGCGCUCGGGUCGCCGCAGCCCUAGCAACGACAAUGGGCAAAGACGGCCUCGGCACAGGUCAGUGUCCUGAAGGCCCGGCGACAGUAUGGUCCAGCGACAAAGCCAACGUCCUCGCAUCAGGCAGACUGUGGAGAAAAGUCACCACCGAAGUCUUCGAGAAGGAGUUCCUUCACAUCGACCUCAAGCACCAGCUCGCCGACAGUUUGAGCAUGCUGAUGGUGAAGAAUCCGCGUGGUUUCAACGGGGUAAUUCACACGGACAACACCUUCGGCGACAUGCUCUCAGACCAGGCCGGCGGUGUUGUCGGUACGUUGGGCGUCCUUCCUAGCGCCAGUCUAUGCGGUAUUCCCGACGGUGGUCGCUGCAACGGCAUCUACGAGCCUGUCCACGGCUCCGCGCCCGAUAUCGCGGGCAGAGGCAUCGUGAACCCUACAGCUCAGAUCCUCUCCGCGGCCAUGAUGCUGCGGUACUCAUUUGGUCUCGCACAAGAAGCGACGGCUAUUGAAAACGCGGUCGAGAAGGUCCUGGACGGCAAGGACAUUGGCGGUCUAGAGAUUCGCAGUGGAGAUCUCGGUGGACGUGCUACCACCAAGGAGAUGGGAGACGCGGUGUGCUCGGUUCUCGAGCUAAUUUUGAAGGGAAACAGCACUGGUGUACCCAAGGGCACGAAUGGCAAUACGGAGAACCUAGUCUCGCCUGUCCAUGAGACGCACAGCCAGGAGAACAAGAAGUGGGAGAAGCUGUUGAAGAAGGAACAUGUGCCGACCGGACCCCAGGAGAGUCUCGCCUUGUAG